CAUGAUGUUUGUACAAUGUUUUUGUUCAUUGUACAGACUUCUAUUCUAUUGAGGCAGCAGAGGGCGCUAAAGCCCAACAGAUAUCAAAUCUACCGCGUGUCACGUGACGUCGCGCGCUCCGUUGUGCACCUGCACACAACGCGGCGAAGCGGCGCAGGAGGCGGAGCGGAGUUUGGAUGCUUGAGCGGAGCUGCUUGCUGCUUUGUUUUCGAUACCGACACAAGUUCCUCGGUGAAGUUUCUGUGGACCACUGGUGGAAUAACUGGAGCAGAAAUGGAGCUUUCGGCAGCCCGACCCGGACUCAGUCUGGUGCUUUUCAGCCUGUUCGCAGACUUGGCCUUGGGGUUGGAGAUCACGUCUACAGGAACAACGCCCAUAGAGGUGGCCAGCGGUCAGACUGUGAAACUGGAUUGUCAGUUUAACUUGGCUCAAGCAGAUUCCGGACCACUGGAUAUUGAAUGGAGCUUGCUGGCUGCUGAUAACCAGAAUGAGGACAAAGUGGUGAUCCUGUACUCUGGUGACAGAGUAUACGAGAACUACUACCCCCCCAUGAAGGAUCGGGUUCACUUCAGCACACCCGACCCCAAGAACGGUGAUGCCUCCAUCAACCUCAGCAUGCUGAAGUCGUCAGACUCGGGCACCUACCAGUGUAAGGUGAAGAAGGCUCCUGGCAUCAGCAGCAGGAAAAUGCAGCUGAUUGUUAUGGUGCGGCCGUCCAAACCCAGGUGCACCACAGAAGGUCAAGCAGAGGAAGGAAAGAACAUCGUGCUUCGGUGCUCGACUCCUGAAGGAACCAAACCCAUCCAGUACAAGUGGGACAAGAUCACGGACAGCAAGCUGCUGCCCGCCUCCGCUGUGUUGGAUCCAGUAGAAGGGACCAUCAAUGUGAGAAAUGUGUCUACUAGUGCGUCCGGCACCUACCGCUGCGUGGCCAGCAACCGUGUUGGCACGGACGAGUGUUUGCUGGUUCUCAAGGUGACGCCACCUCAAAACACAGCAGGCAUGAUCGCUGGCAUCAUAAUAACCCUGCUGUUGUUACUGCUUAUUGUUGCCAUCCUCGUCUUCUGCUGGCUUCGUGUUCGUCGAAGGAAGAAGUACGAGAAGGAAAUCUGCAACGAGAUCAGAGAGGACGUUCCUCCUCCCAAGAGUCGCAUCUCCACAGCGCGCAGCUUCACCAUCGGCAGCCAGCGCUCAUCCCUGGGAUCCAUGUCUCCCUCCAACCUGCCCGAGUACACCCUGAAGUCUCAGUAUGACAAGAUUCCCUCGUCAGAAGAGUACGAGCGGCCCCCGAGCCAGGCCCCGCUGCCCCCGCCCUCUGCUAUGAGGAUGGGAGGCCCCAGCCUGAACCGCAUGGGGGCCAUCCCUGUGAUGAUCCCUGCUCAGAACAGGGACGGGUCCAUCGUCUAGCACCGUCUCGUCUAUCAGACGGGCCCUGGACACAAGCCAGUCGGGUGGGGGGGUGUCUUUGCUCUUUAUUAAUUACAAAUGGGAGACUCCUCCGACGAUGGGGGGAGGGGCUCUGAUGGGAGCUGUACUGGAAUCGCAGCACAUGAAGUUUUUAUCAAAUACAAAAGAAGAAGAAACACUUUGAUGCCAUCGUACCUGCGAUGGUUUUAUUCUGUACAUACGUACACGCAUGUUCUUUUCCUGUAUGGUCCCUGUGCAGCUGUGUGUGUAGAUGUCACGUCAUGCUUUCAUUACCCAACGUUUGUUUGAACUACACAUAACAUAGCGAGUCGCUAGUUUGGGAGGAGGAGUGGCUUAAACUACCAUGUUGUGAUUGGCUGGAUCAUUGCUUCUGGACCAAGUUUAUAUAAAGACUGUGUACCCCCAUCUCCCUCCCCCCAAAUGUCUGGGUCCACUCAUCCACCAACACACACGCACACACACAACUUAGCAGAACUACUAAUGCGUGUGUGUUUGUGGUUGCACUAGGGGGAGGUGGGGGCACUUGUCUGAAGGCUAGAGGUCAAAUGAAACAUGUGACGGGUCUCCUUGGCUCUGGUGUGACCAGCCAGCAGGAAGAAGGCCUUCUAGUAGCUCUGAUGCCUUAUCUCUAAACCUCGUUGCCUGAGUUGUUGCCAGUAGCACCGUCCCCGCACUAACACCAACAACACUAACAGCUGCAGUCUUUUGGGUUUUCUGCCUCAGCUGGAUCUGUCUGGAAUUAUUAGAUGAACCUGAGUUUUUAACCUUUGAUUCUUAUUUUUGAAACCGUAACUAUAGUAACUGAUGUGCUUUCUAUUAGCAACUUAACAGCUCUGGACUCGUAUCUAACCCAACGUUGAACGGGUCAUGGGAUGUUGUGUGUGUGGGGGGCAGGUUGGAGCCCCCAUGAUGAUGUAGUGACUCCUUCCUCCAUCUUUGAUGUUCCUACUAACUAACUGUAACCUGUGUGAAAACCAGAUUUUCUUUGUGUAUUUUUGAAUAAUAAAAGUGAAAAUUCA